AUGGGUGGGUGCAGCAUUCGGAAGCAUGACCUGGUGCUGCUUCGGGACCUGGUGCUGCUCCAGGGCCUGGUGCUGCUCUGGGGCCUGGGCUGGGACCUGGUGCUGCUCCGGGACCUGGUGCUGUUCUGGGACCUGGUGCUGCUCCGGGACCUGGUCCGAGACCUAGUGCUGCUCUGGGACCUGGUGCUGCUUCGGGACCUGGUGCUGCUUCGGGACCUGGUGCUGCUUCGGGACCUGGUGCUGCCUCAGGAUCUGGACCUGGUGCUGCCUCGGGACCUGGUGCUGCUCUGGGACCUGGUGCUGCUCCGGGAUCUGGUGCUGCUCCGGGACCUGGUGCUGCUCCGAGACCUGGUGCUGCUCCGGGACCUGGGCUGGGACCUGGUGCUGCUCCGGGACCUGGGAUCUGGUGCUGCUCCAGGACCUGGUGCUGCCUCAGGAUCUGGUGCUGCUUCAGGACCUGGUGCUGCCUCAGGACCUGGGCCGGGACCUGGUGCUGCCUCGGGACCUGGGCCGGGACCUGGUGCUGCUUCAGGUCUGGGGCCUGGGCCAGGAGCUGGGUCAGUACCUUGGCCUGGGGUAGGGCCUGAUAUCAGACGUGAGUCUGGGACUGGUCCCAAACCCAGUGAGCCCACAACAGCCCCGUCACCAGCAUUGCAGCAGAAGACUCAAUCCACACCUGUGCAGGCCCCGAGACAGAAGGUUCUGGUGACUGGAGGAGGAGGCUACCUGGGCUUUAGCCUCGGCUCCAGCCUGGCCAAGAGUGGCACUUCUGUCAUCCUGCUUGACCUCCGCAGACCCCAGUGGGAGCUGGUCCCAGGGACUGAGUUCAUCCAGGCUGACGUCCGAGAUGAGGAAGCCCUGCUCCGUGCCUUCGAAGGGGUGGACUGUGUCUUCCACGUGGCCUCCCACGGAAUGUCUGGUGCCGAGAAGCUUCAAAAAGAGCAGAUUGAGUCUAUAAAUGUCGGUGGCACCAAACUGGUGAUCGAUGUUUGUGUCCGCCGGCGAGUUCCAAGGCUCGUCUACACCAGCACCGUCAACGUCGCUUUCGGCGGGAAGCCCAUCGAGCAGGGCGAUGAGGACUCAGUGCCGUACUUCCCGCUGGAGAAGCACAUGGACCACUACUCCCGGACCAAAGCCAUCGCCGACCAGUUGACCCUCACGGCCAACGGCACGCCUCUCCCAGGAGGAGGCACUCUCCGGACCUGUGUACUCCGGCCCCCAGGGAUCUACGGCCCUGAAGAGCAGAGGCACCUGCCCCGUGUGGCGAGCCACAUCAAGAAGAGGCUGUUCAUGUUCCGAUUCGGGGACCGCAGGACCAGAAUGAACUGGGUCCACGUGCACAACCUGGUGCAGGCGCACGUGCUGGCGGCCGAGGCCCUCACUGCGGCCAAGGGCUACGUGGCCAGCGGGCAAGCCUACUACAUCAAUGACGGGGAGAGCGUCAACCUGUUUGAGUGGAUGGCUCCGCUGUUUGAGAAGCUGGGGUACAGCCAGCCCUGGAUCCAGGUACCUACCUCCUGGGUUUACCUGACAGCCACGGUGAUGGAGUACCUGCACCUGGCCCUGAGGCCCAUCUGCAGCGUCCCGCCGCUGCUCACCCGGAGUGAGGCCAUGUGGCCGCAGCGAGACGAGACGCAGCUCAAACCCUAG